AUGGAUAACACCACGGAAGUGUUUGACGAUUGGUUUUUUAAUUCUUUCAAGAAAUAUCAUAAGCUGCAAAUGUUUGGCGUGGAUAAGCCGGUUGUUUCCAUUGAGCUGAGCAGCGAUUCUUCGGUGUGUUUGGCGUGCGAAAAACCCGGAGGAAAUUGUUUUGAAGUAUUGAAUUUAGAACUUCCUAGUAAGCUUUACCAGGUUGAAAACCAACACGAUUCGAUAAAUACAUGUAGGGAUUUGAAAAUCAGAUGUGGUACUUUGACUGAAAACCGAUUAAUAGAUAUGAAAACCCUAUUUGGAAAAUCUAAAACAAUUUUGUCUGAAGAAGGGAUCGGACAUGUUACAAUGUACGAAAUGGCUCCUAACAAAUCAGAUCAAAUGAUCCCAUUGGUAAAUAUUAAAAGUAAAAUAGACAGUGGACGUUUAGCUAUUGAUUAUUCAACUGAUAAAUUAGUUAUAUGGGGAAAAGAAGACUCAUUUAACACUGGUUGUAUGUUUGAUAUUGAAAACAAUAAGAGGAUUUUAUCGUUCUGUAAUAAAUCUAAUAAUCCAUUGGAUAGUUAUACACCUUAUUUCAUAUCUAAAGAUGAAUUAAUUGUUCUAAAUUCAGAAAAUGGAUCAUUUGACUUAUAUGACAUAAUUAGUGGUCAGCAUAUAAAAAACAUUGAUUUACCAGUUGUUGAUUGUAAUGCAAAAUGGUUUUCAAAUACUGUGUAUACUAGUUCUAAAGAAACCACCACUUUUAAUUUAACUUUAAUUUCUAACUGUGGAGUUCUAUUAAAUUAUGAUCUAAGAAAUUUAAAAGUACCAAAAAUACACCAGAAAGAAUUGUUUUCAAAUUGCGAUAAUGUUAUAAACAUUUGUUUCGAUCCGAUAAGUCCACAUAGAAAUGCAGUUAGUGGAUUUGAUGGAAAUGUAUAUAUUAUAGAGGAAAUGGAUUGUAGUAGCAAUAUGAGUCACAUAUUCAAACAUGAAGGACAUAUGUUCACUGAAGAUGAAGGCUUAUGUCAGAAUAAUGUUACUACUAGUUCUUUAUGGCUACCUAUGUGUGGAAGUAACACAUUAUUAUCUGCAGCUCAUGAUGGGUCAGUCCAAGGAUGGCAAUAUAUUUCAUAAAAAAAAAAAAAAUUAAAUUGUAACAUUCUAUUAAUUAACUGUAAGUCUGAUAUUUAUAUUUAAUAUUUUAUUGACAAUAGAUAAAUUCAUUAUGUACUUAAU